AUGCAAAAAGAAGAAGAUCUUACGCGCGGUGAGAAGCUUAACCGGAUUCUCUUCACAGAUGAGAAGAUACUCACCGUAGAACAACUCCGAAAUGCACAGAACCAACGGGAUUUACUGCCAAGGAAGCAAAGAGUUGUUAAGUCUGAAAAAACACAUUUUCCGCAGUCCGUGAUGGUAUGGGCCGGAAUUUUGGGUCUGUGCAAGACCAAGCUUGUGUUCGUUCAAAAAUCGAGGACAAAUCUUGGAGGCUACUGUGAUCGCUUGGGCCAAAGAAUAUGCAAAGAGCAUUGA